AUAUAAACACCUGCACCCCCCCACUUUGUCUCUCAUCAGAGGUCGGAAAAGUGGAAUUUUACUCACAAUUUUUAGAGAAAGAAACGAUUCAUUGUCAACAUUUCCCAAAAUCUUAGAGAGAGAGUGGACUUUGUAAUGGAGCAACCUUUUCUCUCAACUAUCCACCACCUGUUGAACCAACCAGAUGAUAUCGAGAAGCUCCUGAACGCACCCACUCGAACCUAUGUUCGAGACACCAAAGCCAUGGCCUCGACACCGGCCGAUAUCAAAGAGUACACCAAUUCGUAUGUCUUCAUGAUCGACGUGCCCGGCCGCAAAUCCGGCGAUAUCAAGAUUCAGGUCGAAGACGACAGGAUUCUCAGCAUCAGUGGGGAGAGAAAGAGCGAGGAGAAAGAAGAUCCGGAGGCCAAAUAUGUGAGAAUGGAGAGAUGGGUUGGGAAAUUCACGAGGAAGUUCAAUUUGCCUGAGAAUGCGAAUGUGGAGGCCAUUUCAGCUGCUUGCCAAGAUGGGGUUCUUACUGUCACUGUUCAGAAGCCGCCUCCUCCUCAGCCCAAGAAGCGCAAGACCAUUGAGGUCAAGGUUGCUUGAGUUUAGAGAGAGAGUGGUCUUUUAAGUACUUUGGUUUCUUUUCUCUUAAAGCUCUUACUGUGUGCUUUCAUGGUGCGCCUGAGAAUAUAUCUGUGAAAUUGAUGUUCUUUUUUUAUGGCUGGGUGCUUUUGAUUUCAGCUUGGAUGGUACAUAAAGGUGGAUAUAGGUUUCUGGUUAUGGUAUUAAAGAUAUAUAGAGUAUGAGAAUGAUUUGUGGA